UUCUGUUCAGUGUUAGCUCUUUCGUAGUCUUUGCCCCUCUCCUUCCCAAUCAAAGAAACUCUUGGCACCCUUGUUUGAGUUUCGUUCUAUGAAAACUAAAGAGGAAAGAAAUCAAGACGACAUGGUGGAGGUGGAGCAGGAGGUGGAGGACAACAAUGAAAAGGUUGAUGAGACACAGAGUAAAACGAAAAAGCGCAAACGUAAAGAGGUCGCUAUUUUCGGAAAUUACAGAAACUACUAUGGCUACCGCACUGGGGACUUGAAGGAAGAUCCUAGACUGAUGGUGCUAAAGAAGGAAUGGUUUGAAGGCAAGGACUGCCUUGACAUCGGCUGCAAUCAGGGUCUGAUAACUAUCAGUAUCGCCAAGAAGUUCUUUUGCCGAAGCAUAUGUGGAAUAGACAUUGAUGCACAUCUGGUUGAGACUGCAAAUUGGAACCUUAGAAGGAUUGCCAAAAUGGACAAGGCUAGUUGUGGAUCUUCCGAUGCUAACAGAUCCAAGCUUUCUGAGGGAGUGAAUGGUUUAGAGCAUAACAUUACUGCAUCUUUAAAUGAGGAAAAGACGAAUCUUGUAAGAGACUCGAAUCCUUUGCAGGAGCCAAAUCUUUUUGAUGUAGUCUGUUUCCGGAAGGAAAAUUUUAUUAGUAGCUGGCGUAGCUGCUCAGAGGCAUAUGAUACAAUUCUUUGUUUAAGUGUGACAAAAUGGGUUCAUCUGAACUGGGGCGAUGAUGGAUUGAUUACUUUAUUUACAAAGAUCUGGAGACUUCUUCGUCCGGGUGGCAUUCUUGUGUUGGAAGCACAAAAUUGGAAAUCAUAUAAAAGCAAUCAUCAGGUGUCUGAGAUUGCGACAUUCAAUUUUCAUAAUGUUUUGAUCCCUCCAUCCCAUUUUCAGGAAAUACUUCUAGACAAGAUUGGAUUUAGGACAGUGGAGAACAUAACUGCCAGUUUACCAGGCAGUACGGGAGGAUUCAACAGACCCAUUUUCGUGUUUUGCAAGUGAUUCAUUUGGGGGGAUUGGGGGGGUACUGUGAAUCACCUUUUUCUGGACUGAGAACAAAAGUG